AUGGCAGACACGAUCCCCAAAGUUAAGGUGAAUGGUCGAAGCUCGUUGCACUUGCAAAAACAGGAGUAUGGAUCCUCAACACAAGAGAGUGCGCAAUCGACGCCUAUGAGAUCUGCUACCAUUCUCAACAAGGGAGAUCUGCAAAUGCUUGCCCCAAGGUCCAUAGGCCCACUGUCCAACAAGAAACUGGCCGCAAAACUUCGAAGUCCGACCUCAACGCAACUUUCGAGCGACGCACAAAAUGGAGCUAUUGGCGACGAGAGACAGCCAUCGGAUACUCCACCUAUAGAUCCGUUGUCGCAACAAAUCCUCCAGAGAACGAACACAUCGCCCGCGAUACAGAAAUUACGGUCGCAGAAUACAGAGUCCACGCCGAAUCUAUCCUCCGGGUUGCCCAAAGAAGCAAAUGCGGAUAACAAGCUGAGUGGUGAGAUAGCACGCGAUGCUGUUGGGAGUAGGGCAGACAAGAAGAAGGUAUCGUUUCUUAGUCGCUUCAUCGGCAGCAACAAAAAGAAGGUCACCCCCGACGGCGCAAGCGACAAUGGCUCCGAAGCAGACGAUUCACGGCACGAGGGUAUGGACGCCCAGCUCUAUGUCAACAACUUGAGCUUCAGUCCGAAGAUACCCCAACCACCCUCCUACAUCAAAGUGAGGUCAAAAUUCAAGAAAGAGAAGGAAUUCGACCGCGUAUUCCUGGCCCAGGAGUUACGGACGGGAUCGGACAAGAAGAGCCCGCCUGCUGCUGGGUCCAACCCUGCCCCACAGUCCGGAUCAGCGGCCAAACACAAUCCUAUAUGGGCUAUCGAGUUUAGUAAGGAUGGGAGGUAUCUCGCUGUUGCCGGACAGGAUAGAGUCAUCCGGGUGUGGGCGGUGAUAGAUAGCCCUGAAGGACGGAGAACACACGAGAACACCGAGCGCGACCCACAUGCCUUGGAUGGGGAGGCUAAACAUCUUAGUGCGCCAGUUUUCCAGCAAAAACCCAUUCGGGAGUAUCAGGGGCAUACAGCAACCAUCUUGGACUUGAGUUGGAGCAAGAACAAUUUCCUCCUAUCCUCGUCCAUGGAUAAGACUGUGCGCCUGUGGCAUAUAGGUCGGGACGAUAACCUGUGUACUUUCAAGCACUCGGAUUUUGUUCCUUCGAUACAGUUCCAUCCUACAGACGACCGCUUUUUCCUUGCGGGCUCUUUAGACACAAAGUUACGGCUCUGGAGUAUUCCGGAUAAAAGCGUUGCAUUUUCCGUUUCAGUCCCAGACAUGAUUACCUCUGUUGCGUUUACUCCAGAUGGAAAGACUUGUAUAGCCGGGACAUUGGGAGGUCUCUGCAUAUUUUAUGAUACGGAAGGUCUGAAAUGGCAAGCGCAACUUCACGUCAAGUCGACACGCGGGCAGAAUGCCAAGGGUAGCAAAAUCACAGGCAUUCAAGCGACAUACUGGCCGCCAGGGAAGGAAGAUGCAGAAGUCAAGCUGCUGGUAUCGAGCAACGACUCGAGGUUGCGAAUAUACAACAUGAAGGACAAGACUUUGGAGAUGAAAUUCCGUGGCCAUGAAAACAACUGCAGUCAGAUAAGAGCAUCGUUUGCGGAUAGUAGUGGACACAUCAUAUGCGGGAGCGAAGAUCGGAAGGCGUAUAUCUGGUCAACGACUACACCUGAGGGUGAUAAGAGGGAUAACCGGCCACUUGAGAUGUUCGAAGCGCACAAGUCUAUCACUACCUGUACAGUGUUUGCUCCUGUCCAGACUAGACGACUCCUCAGCGCUUCGGAGGACCCUAUAUUCGACCUCUGUAACCCUCCACCAGUCACGCUGGUCUCGAAAGCGGAAUCUGUAGUUUCCUCCCGGGCACCCACUGAAGGAUUAGCGCCGAAUCCGAAUUUUGCUCCAGUAGAUGCCAAUCCCAGGAAAGCUGCCGAGAGCCCAGCGUAUACAGCCCGCUGCGCUCAUUCUGGAGGUAACAUUAUUGUCACAGCAGACUACACCGGGGCUCUGAAGGUGUUCAGACAGGACUGUGCCUUCCAAAAGCGUAUGCGACUAACAGAGCAGUGGGACACACAGGUCGCGAAGAGACAGCUUGUCCACCCAACCACCCAACGACCGCAUCAUGACAUGGCGACAAAGCAUCUCACAUGCUAG